AUGCCAUUAACCCGACGGACAGUAAAAACCACUACUGAUGGUAGCAUUGCUAAAAUUUCCGAUGCAAUGGACACGAUACCAACUGCCCCAGAUAACAUGGACACUUCUCUAGGGGAAGAAACAGAUCUAAGAUACCAUUUCUUAAAUACAUUAGACCAUUUCCCAAGUAAACUUAUACGAUCACUAUGGGUGAUUCAAUCUUUAGACUUCAAAUUGAAGCAUAUGGAUCAACCAGAGAAUAAUGCCCUUGCUGAUACUGAUGCUGAUGAAUAUUUUGAUUUUUUACAAGAUCAAAUAUUGUCAAAGGCAGCAUUUACAACAUCAUUAAUUGAAAAUCAAAUAGAAUCAUUGAAAAGUUACGAAAAGCAAUUAUUAUUACAAAAAAAUAUUAUCAUCAAAAACAAAAGAUUCUCUAAUCAAUUACCCGUUGAUAACGUAAUGAAAUCAACUAGAUCCAAAAUAAUAACCACCCCAACGAUCAUUACUAAACCAAAGAAGAAGACUACCUUUAAAAUAAAAUUAACUUUAAAAGAUACAUCAAAUAUUUUAAAACCUGUAUCUCCCAAAAUCGUAGCUGCACCACCUCCGUUAUUGUACUGUUUUUGUCAAAGGCCAUCAUUUGGAGAAAUGAUCGCUUGUGAUAAUAUAAAUUGUCCCAACGGUGAAUGGUUCCACUAUGAAUGUGUAGGAAUAAAGCCAAGUUCUCCACCAAAGGGAGAAUGGUUUUGUAGUGAACAUUGUAAGUUAUUAGUUACUAUGCCCAAGAAGGAUAAUAAUAAUAAAGGUAAAAAGAAGCCCGUGAAAAGGAAAUCCAGGAAACGAUAA